AUGGAAAAUCUUAAUGAAAAAUAUCAAGAUAUAAAGAAUUGCUCAUCUAGUAAAAAUGCAGACUUAGCAGGCUGGAGUUCGCUUCAAAAUCUCCCCACCAUUAACUCUUUGAAAGAAAAGGAAAGCUCUUAUGUUCACCCUUUAUCCAAGCAAACCUCUUCGUCUAUACUUAGUGAAAAGAGCCUUGCAUUAUGCACUGAAAAUUUGGGAUGUGAAACGGGAACUGAUCAUAUCAUUGAAAGCAGCAUUUUCUCAUUUUCAUCGGACGAGUCAAACACAGUACAAGCACAAUUAUCAUCAACAACAAAAACCGAUAUUCGAGUUGAAUAUACACCAUCUUCAGCAGCAAAUUACAAGGUGAUCGCUAACACUGAAAUUAGCUGCCGAAAACUUCCACCUCCUUUGACAACAUUAAGAGGGUCCAAUUCUCUACAAGUUAGCACACAAAGAGAAGGUGGUAGAUUAAUCAUCAAAGCCGUUGAAGCUCCAAAGGUGCGUACUUAUCUUCAUGCUGAGAGAAGCAAUGGCCGUCUUCGGCUAUGUUUCUUGAAAGAAUAUGGAAGCUCUGCUUCUAAAUUUGACUUAUACGAGAACGAAGAAUUAAAAGCUGAAAAUGGCAUCUUUGAAAGUGACAUUAGCAAUGAAGAAGAUGAUGAUUAUGAAGAAAAAAUGGAGGAACCAAAAGAUGAAGAAGAGGAAGAAAGUGGCAUGAACAUGAAAAGGGACAUGGAUGGAAAUAGUUAUGAUGUUGAGGUUGAAACUGGAAUAGGGAAUUGUCAAAGGGUACGUAGGUGCCAAGAAGGAAGGAAGGGCAAUAACAACUUUUGUGAUUGGAGGAAGCCUUUGUGGGUGGCUACUUCCUAA